GACGAGGCCAAGGCGAAGCGGCGCAUGGAGAUCGAGGCAAAGCUCAGCGACUUGAGGCUGCAGCAGGCCAAGGAAACAGAGCAAAAAGCGGCCUUCUUUGGCGAGCACGCAGGCAUCACCUGCGACGGCUGCGGCGUCGCCAUCAUUGGAUACAGGUACAAGUGCAAGGACUGCAGCAAUCACGACGUGUGCGAGAACUGCUACGACACGCACCUCUCCGGACGGGUGAACAACAGCCUCGGGAAGCAGGUCAUCAGCAACAAGGUGGAGGACCACCGCUUUGCGCUGCACAAGGACAAGGGCUUCACGCCGCUCGCGCCAGGGCUGACUGAGGCGAAGUCGGCACGGGUGAAGCCCAACGACCCCUGCAGUUGCGGCAGCAACAAAAAGUUCAAGAAGUGCUGCGGGGCUGGUAAAGCGGCGUAAAUUUUAGCGACCACAUUACGUACCCGCUUAGCAUUGAACGACGUUUUUCGCGGUCCUCGCUGUGACUCCCCAAGAUAAUAUCUUAGAAGAU